UUCAAAAGCUGGAACAAGUAAAGCAGCACAGGGGUCUGAGCCUCCUGGAUCCUCACAGGAAUCAUUAUCAUCACCUCCACCACCACCAACAACAACCUCCUCCUCAUCAUCAUCAUCAAAGUCAAUUCCAUAACCUAGAAGAAGAGAACAACACAGAACAAUCAGAGAAAGAAGCUACUCGUGAACACCACCACCACCACCACCAAUAUCUACAACAAUUGCAUCAAACAAACCUACAACAACAGCUAUUGUUUGAGAGAUUAGAUACACCACCACCACCGCCUCCCCCGCAGGCUUCAAAGAAGCGGUCUUACUUUCGAUCUUCAUCGCCGGCGGAGCAAAGCAUCGAACAUGCGAGAUUGCGAGAAAGAAUGGGAGAGACUCACCACCAAGCGACGCCGUCAAGAUUGGGUCUGAGACACGCCGGCGGCGAGAUCGUGGAAGUUCAGGGCGGUCACAUUGUUCGCUCCACCGGACGAAAAGACAGACACAGUAAGGUUUGCACAGCCAAAGGGCCGAGGGACCGCCGUGUACGGCUGUCUGCUCACACCGCCAUUCAGUUCUACGACGUGCAGGACCGCCUCGGCUACGACCGACCCAGCAAGGCGGUGGACUGGCUCAUCAAGAACGCCAAAGCUGCCAUUGAUGAGCUCGAGAAGCUACCCGCUUGGAACCCUACCUCUAAUGCUAACAAUUUCGACCAAAAGCUACAAGAACAAGAACACGAACAAGAACUGACGAGCAUUCACCACGGUGGCGGAACCGUGGUGGAUGCUCUUGGUGGGUCUUGUUCGAGGAUUGAUCAGCAACAACAUAUGCAAAUGGGUAAUAAUAACAACAACUCGAGUUUCUUGCCGCCGUCGUUGGACUCCGACUCUAUCGCCGACACCAUCAAAUCUUUCUUCCCAAUGGGUGCGGCUGCCGUGGCGGAGGCUAAUUCGUCGGCGAUGCAGUUUCAGAGCUUUCCGCCGCCGGAUUUGCUGUCGAGAACUAGUAGCCAGAGCCAAGAUCUGAGACUCUCGCUUCAAUCUUUCCAAGACCCAAUUCUUCUCCAUCAACAACAACAACAACACCACCAACAAUCACAGCAUCAGACUGAACAAGAACAAGCAAUUUUCUCUGGAACCACCUCACUCGGGUUCGAUGCUAAUUCCGGUGGGUGGUCCGAGCACCAGCCACAGGAAAUUAGCAGAUUCCAGAGAAUGUUUGCUUGGAAUGCCGGCGGAGACACCACCGGCACUGGUGGUGGUGGUGGAUUUAUCUUCAACUCGCCGCCAACGCCGCAGUUGCUGCAACCGUUGUUCAGCCAAAACCAGUUUCUUUCACAGAGGGGACCCCUUCAGUCCAGUAACACCCAAUCAGUUCGUGCUUGGAUCGACCCGUCGUCAAUUUCUGCCGCCGACCACCACCACCGCUAUCAAAGCCUGCCCAUCCACCCAUCCUCGUUCCCGGGCAUCGGAUUCACCUCGGUCGGUGGAUUUUCCGGGUUUCGCAUUCCAGCACGAAUUCAGGGUGAAGAUGAGGAGCACGACGGCAUUUCCGACAAGCCGUCCUCUGCUUCCUCUGAUUCGUACCAUUGAUUUGAGCUCCAAAACCAAAUCAAUCUCUCUCUAUCAGUACUCAAUCAUCAACCCAUUGGAGCAACCAAGAAUCAGCUGUUAUCACUGUUUCAGAGAGAGAGAGAGAGAGAGUGAGUUUGGUCAGUUUAAUCCAAUGGCUGCUCGUUACCGUGGGAAGAAGAAAUCUGAGUGUGUUUUCAGGUUUUUCAAUCCCGGUGUGCUUUCUAUUUUAGUUGCUUUAUGUUCUUACUUCUCUGUUGAAUUGUGUGCUCUUUGAGCCCAACUUUGUAACUCUUUAUGCUGAUUUGCUUUGUAUUGUUGUUGCUAUUGACUUUUAUGUUACCACUGUUUCUCAAAAAUUGAGUUAGGACUACUAAAAAAGAGAACUAGUUUGUUAUCCUGAAGUUUGCAAUUCUAUGAAAAGACUCGGUUCUCAAA